GGCGUUUAAUUCAUCAGUUGGUAGGAAGAGGGUGGGGAUGAGCGAUAAGCUUGACAAGCUUGUUUUAUAAAUGGCAUUUAUGACAACAGAAAGAAUUUCAAUUCAUCUAAAUGUGUAUUUCAGUCAAAAUUUCCAGUUUACUAUGGAAAAUUGAACACUUUACCGAAAAAAAUAGUGAUAGAAGCUGUAUUUUUACUGCGUCGUAUGUAUUGAUCUACUAUUAGGUUAUGUUUCCAACUUUCAUCAGCAUCCUAGAUAUUCAGUCAUGGUGGGAGGUACCGAGCAUCGCUCACUUUUGUUCACUUUUUCGUUCUUCAUUUAACCUUUUGGAUUUUGAUAUAGAGGACUUGGAAGAGGCCCUCCUGACCGACGGGACAGAGGAAUCCUCUUGGCUGCAAGAGCUUAUUGUAAGACUCCUGAGCGGUUGCCUGCCCAACAAUGAAAUCUCCACGUUCAACUAUCAGAUGUUCCUGAGGCGACUUUUCCGCCAGAAAUGUCAGGAGCACGAUCAGUAUAACCCGUUCAAUACCGACAUCGAUUUUCAGAUAUUGCCGUUGAGGACGAAAGUCGAUAUCUUGCAUGCGCUUUGCGACUUCAGAUUGGACGCUGAUGACGUGCUAGAUCAGCUGAAGAACUUGGAAGCUGAUAGUCUUCGAGUUGAGCCUCUAGGUUUCGACGGCAACGAUUCAGCGUACUGGUACUUCUACGGAACGCGUCUCUACCGCGAAGACUUCACCACCAAGAACAACAAGAAGAAGUCGGUGUGGCAGGUGAUUUGCUUCACGGAAGACGACUGGUUCCAGCUGACGAAGAAGUUCAAGAAGUCGUCGUGCAAACAGGAGCGUCAGCUGCACCACACUCUCAGCGAGAACUUCUUACCGGAACUGCCCAGGCUCUUCAAGGAAAAGGAGAGCCUGGCGAGGAAGAGGCUACUCGAGAACCUUCCGAGGAGGACGUCAGGCAGGUUGCGCAAGUUGGAAUGCGAUAGUGCAGAGCAAGUUCUGCAAGAAAAAAGGCAAGACGAAGAGACCAGGGCUGAAAGGGAGAAAAGUGAGGCUAGAGUAAAAAAGAAAAAGCUAGAAAUCAAGAGGCAAGAAGCCUAUGAGAGAAGAUCUAAACUGAAAAGGCGAAGCGAAGAAGAGACUUUGAGCGAAUCUUCCGUCGAUUAUGAAAUGGCAGGGUCCAAGAGCAAAAAAAACAAAGUCAGGCAGCGCAAGUCAUCUUGCAGUUCGACCAGCAGUAAUGACACGAGCAGAAAGGUUUCAAAGCGAGAGAAGAAGAAGCCCGAGGAUAGUAAAGGAAGCGGAACAAAGUCCUCCACGUCUAAACCGACGACGGUGGGGCGGCAGACCAACAAUUCCCUCUCCGCAGCCACGGGGCAGAUACUCAUACAGCAGGUGACGAAUCCGAACAAGAAGAAGUUGAAAACUUCGCAAGUAUUUCGCCAAACCGACGAAGAUUUGCAAACGGGGAUGCACAAAAUAUUGGAUUAUGUCAAAAAUAGCGAAGACGCUUGGCCUUUCGCCGAUCCCGUCGAAGAAGAAUACGCUCCCAAUUAUUACACGGUCAUCAGGAAACCGAUGGACCUACAAAGGAUGGAAGAAAGGCUGGAUGAGGGGUUCUACAAGAAUUUCUCCAAAUUUCGCGCGGACUUUCAAUUAAUCGUUGACAAUUGCAGAUUGUACAACGGCGCAGAGAACGAAUAUACGGAAAUGGUAGGAAACUUGCUGCAAGUGUUUGAAAAGGCCACUGACAAGUACCUCGACCAGAUUUCGUCUUCAGACGAUGAAAUAGCCAUCGAAUUCGCCAAGGAAGAAUCCGUCAAAAAUACCAAGACAAAACACUCCGAAGAUGUGGCGAGCACGACUUCGUUUUCGAGACGAAAACCCAUGCUGGCCGCUCAGACCGACAGAAAACGUGAAAGAUCAGCCUCGGAAGAAUCAGGGAGAAGUUCACGAAGCAAUUCCUACGAAUCGUUCCAUGAUGAAGUUGAAAUAAAGUCUAGGAGGAGGAAGAGAAGCGAAGUUUCGGAAAGCUUUGACGAGAGACAUAAGAGUGGAAAGUCUAAGGACGAGGAGCCAGAAGUGAAGAAAUUCAAGCCAGAUUCGACUAGGGAUAAGGCCGAGGCGAAGAAAGAAGUGAAAAAAGACAAGAUCACGAAGAAAGAAAAAGCUGAUACGAAGAAAGAAAAAGCUGAUAUGAAGAAAGAAAAAGUUGAUACGAAGAAAGAAAAAGCUGAUACGAAGAAAGAAACGCCCAUGACAAAAGAGAAACAGGAAAAAGUGGAAUUGAAGAAAGACAAGACGGAUAAAAAGAAAAAGAAGCAUGACGCGAAGAAGGCGAAGUCCAACAAGAAAGCGGCCAAGGAGAACAAGAGUAAGGCGAAAAAGGUGAACAAAAAAGAAAAAAAGAAGACUCAGGUUAGGAGCGUGAGUCCCAGCCCGAGCCGUAGCAGAAGCCCGCCUCCGAGCGAUAGGAGCAGCCCUCCGCCUUCCUGGCCCCCCUCCAGUCCCGACAGUAGAUUUGACUCUAUGUCAAAGAACUAUUCCGAUAAGAGACAUUCACAGGAUAUUUCAAGUUCGGAGGAUUCGCUUGGAAAAGAUACCCACCAGAAGUCUAGCCCUUUCGAAAAUUACUUCCAAGAUUUUGAAGAUAGCCUGAGACGCCAAGAAAAGAAACCGAGAAAGGACGACGUAUCCCUGUCGCCGAAACCAAAGGAUAAACACAACAAGCUGCGCGAAACCAUAGAAAAAUUGAAAGCCAAAAGCGAAAUGAAACUCCAAAUAGGUUUAGAGUUUGAGCUGGAUCCUCUAAAAGAGAACAAAGACAGAAACAAGAAACCGGAGAAAGACGAUAAAAUCAAGUCGAAAGCGAAAGACAAGACCAUUCAAAAAGCGCCCAGGAAAGAGAGAGACGACGAACUUGACUUGGAUGGAAACAGCACAACGGACAGUAUCCAGUCGAAGAAGCUCGCACCUAAAGUUCCUAAUGCUGUUAAUAAAAACUCGUCCAAUAUGGACGCUCUUAGCAUCGCGACAGAACAGACACUAAAGGACAUCAACAAGUGGUUGGACGAUACACCCAAGUUCUCAGAGUUCAGCAGCGCCAGCAAUUCGCCUUCUUACACAGGUCUCGACGAGUUUGACUCGAUAACUAGCAAGCCUGAUCAGAUUCCCGGAAAAAAGCUCGAUAAACCCCUCUUGCCGCAGGCGAAAAAGGAAGGCGCUCAGAAAGAUCCGAAAAAGCGAACCUUCCGCGAUCCCUCCAAGUUUUUCAAACGUCGCGAAGUCCAGAGGACCAUUGAUAGACUGCAGCCCGGUAAGGGCAAAGGGAAUCUGAUAUCGAACGUUCAAAACACCGGCAAAGUGGACGAGGUCUUUCCAUUGGGACCGCUCUCGAAGCUGAAAGACACCAAGAACUCGCUCAUCGUGAAGACGGACACGAACGCUCCAAAACUGAGCCUGGGUUCAGUUCUAGAUAGCUUCGGUAAGCAUAAGUUCGUCGACGACCAGAAAAAGGAAACUGAGAAGGAGCCCGUGUUGGAGAAAAAGACGGAGAAACCGGAAGUGCGGAAGGAAGAACCCGAAAUUGAUACCAGUAAGGCGGAAGAAGAGCGCAAGGAGAAGCCUGUUGACAAUCUGCCGCCGACAACGGAAGACGCGAUAUCCGGGGGAGGGGCCACUCCUAACCUAAGCGCCUGGUUUAAAGCGUUCGGCGCGCCGAAGAUGCAGCCACCCGCCAAGAAGGGCGACGAUAGCAAGCCGGAAGCGAAAGGUGGCGAGGAUAAUAAACUCACGGAGUCGCGCAAAGUGCCUAUGCCCGCCACAUCGCCCAGCAACGACCCUCCCGCGAUGCUGCAACCCUUACCCAGACAGAGGAGGAUCAGUACAGGCAGCAGCAUGUCAGAGAGGUCAUCGUUCAGCCAGGACAUGGACUCGCCUCGAGUCGGCAUGGACGAACGCGGGGCUUACCCGGCCCCCUACCCCUCCCCAUUGCACAGAUCACCGUCGGGCGCAUCGCCCAUCAUGGCGUCUCCGCGGCCCGACAUCUCGCCCAAGUCGGCUGCAUAUCCAACCAUCAACGGGCAGAUGCGCGUCGGAUUCUAUCAAGACACGGUAUCGACGAAGAGCAGUCCAGAUAAGUCGUGCAGCCCGAGAGAGAAUCCCACCCAGUCACCAUAUGCUCACUAUUCGGAGCAUGUCUACGCGCCCAACACCACCGAGAACGCAUACUACAACUACGCGAACUCGCCGUACUACACGCACGCGCCCAACUACUCAAGCACGAAUCCAACGCCUCCGUACAACACCGACGCCGGACCUUCGUACUACGACACUUCCAAGCCUGCAAAUUACACGGCAAACUCGCCCCUGAGCAACGCACCUUCCCCCGCCAACGUUCAGCCCGGCGUUUACUCACAACACUCGCCAACCAUUCUUCCGCAGAACUCUCCCAACGUUCGGUCGCAAAUGUCGCCCAACGUACACGCGCAAAUGUCGCCCAACGUUCAUGCGCAAAUGUCGCCCAACGUUCAUGCGCAAAUGUCUCCCAACGUUCACUCACAAAUGUCUCCCAAUGUGCAUUCACCAAUGUCUCCCAACGUGCACUCACCAAUGUCUACUAACGUGCACUCACCAAUGUCUACCAACGUGCACUCACCAAUGUCUACCAACGUGCACUCACCAAUGUCUCCCAACGUUCACUCGCAGAUUUCGCCUAACGUUCACGCGCAAAUGUCGCCCAAUGUUCACGUGCAGAUGUCGCCCAAUGUUCACGCGCAGAUGUCGCCCAGCGUUCAGAAUUCUCCGUCGAACCUACUAAUACACUCGCCUAGCGUGCCCGCGGACAGUUCUCCGCAAGUGGCGCUUCCUGAGCCUUCGCCCAUUCUUAUCCCCAGCUCUCCGGAGAUGGAUGCGUUCCAGGUGGAGGACCGCGACAAGACGAUGGAAACUGUGAAGAAGCGCGCUUAUGCGGACACCGAGUUGCCCCAACUGAGCAAACAGCGUUUCGAAAUCGACCCUCGGUUGACUCAGCAACUAGAGCAGAAGAGGAACCACCAAGCCAACAUGGAGAAGAAGCAGGAAAGCAAGCCGUACGUGCACCAGAACAUCCCCGAUCCCAAGGCGAGCGCUCCUGUGGCCCCCGCGAGAGAGAGCUACCCCGCGGUCUCGAACGCUUUCGGCUCGUUCGGAAGCGAGUCGAACUUCUCGCUGAACAUACCGACGGGCAGGAAUCAAGUCAAGAUGGACCUGUCGCAGUACACGAACAUGGGUUAUACGGGUCCCGAGGUUCAGUAUACGCGAUCGCUGCAGCAGUUCUCGCGGUCAGAUUUGAAUUAUUCUUCCGGAUCGCAAAAACCGACGUUGACGACGCCCAGCGAUAUGCAGACCGGUGAUCUCUCGAUGCGCUACGGCGAUCACUUGCAACAGAUGAGCUACAAGAGCACGUCGAAUCCUCAGCAAGCGCGUUUGAACUCUGCGAACGACAACAUAAGCGAGCGACUGACGCAGAGCUUGUCGCAUAUGGUCGACGAAAGGUUGAUGGCUGGUUUGCAAAACGCCGGUUCUUUCUAUACCGACAAGGGUUUGGGAUCGUCAGCCGCGCACAUAUUCAAUAAGCCAAUUUCGACCAGCGCUUCUGCUCUGCCGAUUUUCAGCCAGUCGAAUAUGGCCGCCGCCAUGCAGUCGUACGGUCAGAACGUUCAAGGUACCACGACGUCGAUGUACAACAGGCAGAUGACGGAGUUGCAGAACGCCGCGGUGAUGCAGAACGAUCUCAAGACCGGGCAGCAGAUGCAGGCGCAAGAGAAGAAGAGCAAGAAGAGGAAAAGCAGCAAGAACGUUGGUGGCAGCGCACCAGAAUCUCAACAACAGGCGGCACCAAAUCAGGGCUUCCAGUCGUAUGUGGGGUUGAAAGGGACCACUUCCAUUGAACCAAGUGCAAUAUCCUUGAAGACGUCCAGCGUCGUACCCGGCAGCGCCUUCAAUUUCGGGCCGACGCCCUCUGGUUUGGGCAUCGGUCCGGGCCUAUACUCCGACAAAGAUGCAUAUCCGAAUUUCCUCGACGAGUACCGAUCAGCUCCGAAUUACUACAUGGCUGCCGCGGCGGCCGCUCACCACAGAGCCACACCCGAGGCCAGCGAGAAGCAGACGAGACCUGCACACCAGAGUUCGAAUCCGCAAUCCACGGCUGCGUACCCGUUCUUGGGGGCGCCACAGGCUGCCAGAUCCAGCUAUCCAAUUGGGGCUCCCUUCAUUCCAAAUGCGCAGUCGCAGCUAAUGGACACCGCAUCGCCCCUAUACCAACAUUACCUGCAAGCAGGCGUGCUGAACCAGAGCCUGCUUGGCCCCCCUGGCGCAUAUCCCCCCGGUUACCACGCCGCGCUGAGCAUGAGGCAGCCCUACGAUUCUAUGACGAGGCCCCCCUGGAUCUAGUUGGGCUUCUCGAGUUUCUAGAGUAUUUUUUACCAAAGACUUUCAUUUUCUCUUGGUGUAUAUAAUUUUUCAGUGAAUUUGUAAAGUGUACAUAUGCGGCUAGUGUUCUAAGUAGGUGUAUUAAGUGUUGAUCUGGUUUCGUUUCCGGUGAUUUUCAAAACUUGGUUGGAUUCUGAUCGGGAGGGUUGAACUUAGUUUUAUUGUAGAUUCCGAAUUUUCAUCUUCAGAAUUCCGCUGUAAUUGUCCAGUUUUGGUGAUUAGUGGGUUUUUAAUCAAUUUGCAAAUCAAAUGUUUGUUUCUUAACCGAAUGUUUUUUGUUGUUACAAAAUUUAUUUUUUUUCUAAUUUUAAUAUAUGACUGAAAUUUUUUGAACAAAUAUUAUAGAGAUACGAUCAAAUUUUACAACUAUUCUAGCUAUCUGCAAUUUGAUACGAAAUGAUUAUUUUAUUGUUUAAGUUUGUGUUUGCAUCUUCCUAAAAAGGGAUUAGUGAAGGCAGGGCAACUUUGCGGAAUAAUUUUUUUAAUGUGCAGGAACACCACAUCAGUGUCUCUAACAUCUCCCUAUUUGAAAACUAUGUUUAAUAUAAUCUAAAGAUGACAUUGAGUAAAAAAGCGAUAAACACGGGACUUUAAUACAAUGAAUAAUAUUUAUUAGUGAAAAUCUAAAAUAAUCAGCGAUUUAUGUAACAGUAUCAUCAUUAAAAUGGCUUGAAAUGUCAUAUAUUAUCAUUAUAUUCAUC